AUGACGACAUCGACGGAGCAUAUCGACCGAAAGUCCCUUUACACGAAUCUCGAGGCCCGUAUCGAAUACCUACAUCGCUUCCUCGACUUCAACGAAGAUGACGUUGCCGCACUUGCCUUCGGAUCCAAGUUCGUGCAAGACAUCAUCCCCGCCGUGGUCCACAUUGUGUACCGAAAGCUCCUGCAGUUCGACGUGACCGCCAGGGCAUUCGAAAGCCGGGAUACAAGGUCCGACAAGCCCUUAGAGAAGAUUUUGGAGGACCACAGCCCGGAACUUCAGACUCGAAAGAUCUUUUGA